AUGUCGGGUGCUCUGGUAUCCUUGGUCGGCAAGAGGAUCCUAGCAGAGUCGGCAAGAAAUCAUUUCGGUCAAGAGGAUCCCUAUUUCGAGGAAGUUCCGGCUUCGCGCCUGUCCCGUGCCUUUGGAAAGAAAACACAGAAGAGACGCAAGGCCAUUCCUCCUGGCCUGUCCGAUAACGAUCGUAAGAUCCUCACCCAGGUGAAACGCAGGGCGUAUAGACUGGACUACAGCCUGUUCAAUCUCUGCGGCAUUCGCUUUGGCUGGGGCAGUGUCAUUGGGUUGGUUCCUUUUAUCGGUGACGCCGGCGAUGCGGCUCUCGCCAUGAUGGUCGUGAAGACUUGCGAGAACGUCGAUGGGGGCCUACCAGCACGUCUUCGAAUGAUGAUGCUGAUCAAUGUGUUGAUUGACUUCUUCAUCGGCCUUAUUCCAUUUGUGGGAGAUCUCGCAGAUGCCGCCUACAAGUGCAAUACGCGGAAUGCGGUCAUCCUGGAAAAGCAUUUGCGGGAAAGGGGAGCGAAAACUCUCAAAGCCCAAAGGAGAAAUCAAGAAGGAACUGUUGAUAUGAGCCUGCCGGAAGAAUUCGAUCGAUACGAUGAGAGCACCGUGGGUGAGCCGCCCCGGCACGAUGACCGCGCGCAUACAGGUCCUGCUAAGCCUAAAGCCGCCAAACAUUCGCAGAGUAACCGGUCCCAAAACAGAUGGUUUGGAGGAGCAUCACAUCGGGAAGACGACUUGGAGACUGGAGUGGUCGACAACUCAAGAAGUAAAAGGCGAACGUAA